GGAACCAGCAUCAUUCUGCACAAGGCUUGGGGCUGGGAGAAGUGUGUUCCGGGUCGAUCAGCUGAACUCUGAUCGCUGGAGGAUGGGGAUCAGUCUGUGGAGUGCCGCCUGCCUUUGGCUGGCUGUUCAGCGAACCCCCAGCGCUGUUGCCCGGGGUCCCAGACAGCAGGCAUGGCCAGUGCCUUACAGACGAUUUGAUCACCGGCCCAAACCUGAUCCAUUCUGCCAACCCAUCUACCCAUUCUGCCCCACAGGCUCUCCUAUUGGAGAGAUUCCUCAGAUGAAAGACCAAGAUACUAUAGAAGUUUAUCGGCUUCAGGCUCCUGUUUGGGAGUUCAAGUACGGAGAUCUGCUUGGACAUUUUCACAUCAUGCACGAUGCAAUUGGCUUCCGGAGUACUUUGACAGGCAAAAACUACACAAUGGAGUGGUAUGAACUCUUUCAGCUUGGGAACUGCACCUUCCCACAUCUUCGACCUGGAAUUGAAGCUCCUUUCUGGUGCAAUCAGGGAGCUGCCUGUUUCUUUGAGGGAAUAGAUGAUUUACAUUGGAAGGAAAAUGGUUCCUUGGUAAAAGUAUCUGAAAUAACUGGUGAAAUAUUCAACAAACUGGCCAAGUGGGUGAAGGAGGAUAACAGAACUGGUAUAUAUUAUGAAACAUGGACUGUUCAAUCUGAUCCUUCUUCGAAUGCUACAGUGUGGUUCAAAUCUUAUGACUGUUCAUCAUUUGUAUUGAGAACUUACCAGACCUUGUUUGAAUUAGGUGCGGUCUUUAAGAGUCCUAUACAAACCAACUAUACCAGAAUAUUCCUGUACAGUGGCGAGCCGACAUACCUUGGGAAUGACACGACUAUAUUCGGGCCACGCAGUAACAAGACUCUAGCAGGAGAAAUUACUACUUUUUAUUCUCCAUUUAGACCACCGCAUUCAAUGAAAGAACUGAUAUCGAGUCUGUUGGAAAUAGUUGAUAAGGUUAUAGUGGAGAAAACCUUUUACCUUUACUUUAAUUUUGAGUAUUGGUAUUUGCCAGUAAAAUGGCCCUAUGUUAGAAUAACCUAUGAAGAAAUACCUCUGCCAUCCAAACAAAAUAAAUCAACAGGUGCUUAGCAACAUGCCCAGAAGAAAAAAUCGUUUGUAUGUUAAUUUGUCUGUAACAUUGCCGAUUUUUGCAAGUGCAGUUAUUUAAUAUUUUAGUGAAACAGACCCCCCUGGAAAACAGCAGCUAAGACUGUUGAUUGAUUAACUGUGUCAAAUGGAGCUGUAUAAACAUCUGCUUCUGAAUAGGAUAAGAAUUUAUAGAGAAUUACAUUUAAACUGUGGUGGUUAAAUACACCAUGAGCUACACUGCUGGGUCUGGAAAAGGGAGGAAGCGGAAUCUUGUCUUGAAAAACAAUGCUUCGAGAAUGGAUGAUGGAUGAACAUUCCCAAAUGCACAUAAGACAUUCCCAACCUCAUUGUACACUGGCUGGGUUAGCCAUGGGAUCAACCAGCAUCAGUAUGAAUUCCCAAAUAAAGUUGCAGCUGUUCUGCAUCAGCUCAAGAUUCAGAAGGUAACGCACAGUGAAUAUGCACAAUUAGUUUGACUCAAUGAACUUUGACUUCUACAGGACGGUAUAAAGUUCACACAGAUAAUUUGCAUUCCUUCUGUAACUGUAUGUUGUGUUGAAUAUUUGCCAAUUUACAUUAUAUUAUACAUUGAGCUAUGAGGGUUAAAACUUAAUUGUCUAGAGUUACUCGAGUAGUUAAACCUCCAUAUCACUAAAAUGUUAAUAUUUUAACAUUGGACUCCAACACUGCAAAUAUCGCACAAAUUCAAUAUUCUGUGUGGUUAAAGAAAUUGAAUAAGUACAGAA